AUGGCUAGAAAGCGAGUCGUCGAGGAGGACCGCCGCAAGGAAGGUAGUGGCGGGGUUUACAUUCCCCUAUUUAAGUUGGAUAGGAUGAUGAAGGAAGUUGAAGACAAGAGAAGCCUUGAGUAUCAUAGGUUAACUUGGAAUGCAUUGAGGAAGAACAUUAAUGGGUUGGUCAACAAGGUUAAUACUACUAACAUCUCGUCGCCCGGUUCUACUCAAGUGUUUGCUGCUUUGGUUGUUGUUGUGAAUGCCAAGUUUCCUCAGGUGGGGGAGCUUUUGCUCAAGAGGAUUGUCUUGCAAAUUAAGAUAGCUUGUAAAAUGAAUGACAAGCCUCAAUUGCUAGCUUAUGUUAAGUUUUUAACACACUUGGUGAAUCAGCAAGUGGCUAAUGAGAUCAUUGCUCUAGAGUUGCUCAGUUUGCUUGAGAAGCCUACAUAUGACAGUGUUGAAGUAGUUGUUGGUUUUGUCACGGAAUGUGGUUCAAUCCUACAGGAGCUCUCAGCGAAAGGCCUCCAUGGUAUGUUUGAGCCUUUUCGAGGAAUUCUUCAUGAAUAAGAAAUUGACAACCGUGUCCAAUUUUCGAUUGAAGGCUUAUUCGUGAUAAGGAAAGCCAAGUUUCAGGGCUAUCCAGCUGUUUGCCCUGAACUAGACCUUGUGGAGCUGGGAGACCAGUUAACUCAUCAAGUCUCCUUAGAUGAGGUCAUAGAACCAGAAAUUUCUCUUGAUAUAUUCAAACUCGAUUCCGAUUAUCUGGAGAAUGAGAAAUGUUAUCAAGAGUUAAAGAAAACAAUAUUGGGUGAGGAGUCGGAUGAUGAGGAAAGUUCCUUUACUAAUGCUUGUCUAGAGGCAGAUGAAGAUGAUGAAUCGGAUGAAGAAAGUAUGCAAAAAAUAAAAGAUGAAACAAAGACAAAUCUGAUCAAUCUUCGAAGGACAAUUUAUUUAACCAUCAUGUCCACCGUAAACUUAGAGGAAGCUGGUCAUGAGCUUCUUGGAAUUCAUCUAGAGCCUGGUCAAGAGAUGGAAUUAUGCAUCAUGCUUUUGGGAUGUUGCAGCCAAGAGAGAACCCGGAAUUCAUCUUCAUGA